AUGGCCUACGAGAAAGAGCUCAAGGUCGCCCAGUUGGCGGUGGCUCGUGCUGCUAUAUUGACCAAAGCUGUUUUCCACGAAAAAGCCAAAGGCACAGUGUCCAAAGAUGACAAGUCUCCUGUGACGAUUGGCGACUUUGGUGCCCAGGCUUUGAUAAUUGCCGCAAUCAAGCACAAUUUCCCCUCCGACGAGGUCGUUGGAGAAGAGGAGGCCUCAUCACUCCGCGACCAGAAAGACCUUUCGUCCAAGAUCUGGAAUCUGGUCAAAGAUGCCCAACUAUCCGAUGCCGAGAGUGAUGCACUGCUGGGUGGACCCAUCAAGAGCGAAGCACAAAUGCUCGAUGCGAUUGACAUGGGCAACAGUGCUGGUGGUAACAAGGGCCGCAUAUGGGCCUUGGAUCCUAUCGACGGCACAAAGGGUUUCCUCCGUGGUGGCCAGUACGCCGUAUGUCUUGCUCUCAUGGUCGAUGGUGAUGUCAAGGUUGGUGUCCUGGGAUGCCCAAAUCUCCCAGUGGAUGAUUCAGCGCCCUUGACCGAGGACAUGGGCUCGGCUGCCACCGAUGCCGAAGGGAAAGGCGUCCUUUUCUCAGCCGUGCAGGGCGAGGGCGCAACUUCACAGCCCUUGACCAAAGGCCCAGUCGCCAAAGGUCAGCCAAUUCAUGUCAGCAAGAUCUCAAACGUCAGCGAGGCUGUCAUGUGCGAAAGUGUCGAACCAGGUCACAGUUCUAAAGGCGAUAAUGCGCUGAUUGCUGAGAAACUCGGCAUCACGGGCAAGCCGGUUCAGAUGGACAGCCAGGCCAAGUAUGGGUCCGUUGCGCGGGGAGCCGGAGACUUGUACCUGCGGCUGCCUGUGCGAAAGGACUACAUUGAGAAGAUCUGGGAUCAUGCUGCAGGAGACCUGAUUGUGCGAGAGGCCGGAGGCCAGGUCACGGACGUAACGGGCAAGACAUUGAACUUCAGUCUGGGAAGGACAUUAACGGAAAACAAGGGUGUGAUUGCAUCGCCAGCGAAUGUGCACGCUGAAGUGCUCAAGGCGGUACAGGAAAUCCUGGCUGCAAAAUGA